AUGGGCCCUGCAGACACACUUAAGAAGGCACAGCCCUUCAAGAAGGCUCUCCACUUCACUGAAGAGGAAUUCCAGGAACGAAGGGAGCGUGCACUGGCUUUGAUGAAGCGCGAAGGACUCGAUGGCUUCCUCAUCACGAAGCAAGAGACAUUGUACUACCUCACUGGCUUUGACACAUUCGGCUAUGUCUUCUUCCAGGCAAUGUACUUCCACGGCGAUGGAUCCAUGCGCUUGGUCACCCGGAUGCCCGACCUGCGUCAGGCACUUUACACGUCGGUGCUCGAGCAGAAGGAUAUUGUGAUCAGAUCUGACGAUGCGUCGAGCAACCCAGUGUCCUUGGUCCCGCAGAUUCUCAAAGACUUUGGUAUCGAAUCCACGAGUAAAAGGGUCGGCUACGAGCCAGAUUCUUGCACCUUGACCCUACGCGUUGGAAAGCUGCUAGAGGAAGCAGUCCAUGGCUUGUGCACACUUGUCGACCACAGCACACUGUUCACGCGCGAGUUGCGACUCGUGAAAUCGGAGACGGAAAUGCGAAAAGUGCGAAAGGCUGCAUACCUAGCUGACUUUGCUCUGGUGCGGGCUUUGAAGUUGGCGAAGCCGGGCGCGUACGAGGGUGACCUUUGGCGAGAGAUCGUGGGAACCGUGUACGAAGGUGGCGGUGACGAUCCAGCAAAUGAGAACAUCCUUGUCUCGGGCAACAAGGCUGUUCUGACUAGGUACUCGACUGGGAAAGACCGUAUCGAGCGCCAGCUCACUCUUGAGCAUGCCGCUGCGUACAAGCAUUAUCACGCUUGCUUGAUGAGAACAAUUCCGAUAGGAGGCAUCACUUCGUUGGCACGACGAAUGCAUGAAGUCAAUGUCCUGCAGAUGGAGGCUGCAAUGGAAGCACUGAAGCCUGGCCGCGAGAUUGGAGACGUCUUUGAGGCAUACGCUCGAGUUGCCCAGGAGCAUGGAUUUGAAGAUCAGCGAUUCAAUGCUUGUGGUUACAGCGUAGGCGCGACCUUUUCGCCGACGUGGAUGGAUUUUCCCAUGUUUGUUAGAGGUCAAGACGUCAUUGCGAAACCAGGAAUGGUCUUCUUCAUCCACAUCAUUCUGAUGGACAAGGCAACCGACACCGCGAGCUCGAUUGGGCAGACCGUUGAGGUCACUGAGGAUGGCUGCAUGUCGUUGUCGAAACUUCCAUUCGCCCUCACGCGGAGGCAGACGAUUGCAGCAUGGAAGAAGAUUAAGAAAGAUGCUUAUUGUUUCACGUCGGAGGAAGUUGACGAGGGCGAGAACUUACAAGAUGUGGAGUUGUCGGAUGGCGAUGUCGAUGAAGAGGACUAUGACGUCGAGUACGACUUCAGCGACUAUAAGCCGGCGGCUUCUUGA